AGGUUUAAAGAUUAACAGACUCUCAAGAAAAUGUAUAAAUGGCCCACUGUGGAUAAUUCAGGACUAGCUGCAUGGGAAAGCUGAAUAGUGUGUCCCUCUAUCUCUAAUAGCAGCAGACUCUGCUUCACAAUCCUUCUAACGUGUCAUGACUUACCCAGGCUUCAGCUGUCAGCUGCUGCUCUUAUUUCUUGCGCCUGGCUUCAGUUUGGGUGCUGCUCUCCAUUUAAUGCAUUGUGCCCCUUGUACUGAAGAAAAGCUCAGGCUUUGCCCACCAGUGUCCGCCAGCUGCCCAGAAACAUCCCGCCAACCAGGAUGUAGUUGCUGUCAUAGCUGUGCCCUUCAACUGGGGGAGCCUUGUGGAAUAUACACAGCAAGGUGUAGCCAGGGGCUUAGUUGCCAGGUACAGGUAGAUCAAGCUCGACCUCUUUAUGUUCUCACUCAGGGGCAAGGUACUUGCCUCCCCAUUGCUGACAGGACAGAAACUGCAGAAUCUGUAGAACCAGAAGAUCUGCCCACUGAAGGUGAUGAAAUAACAGCAGAUCACUUGGUCAACUAUGAGAUGGUGUUUUCAGCUGAUCAAGAUAAAUCUGCCUCAUGGGAUGCUAAUAACAUUUAUGAAAAUUUGAGAGCAAAGAAUCUUGCUGAAGUUAAGAAGUGGAGGGAACAGGGACCAUGUCAAAAAGAACUGUACAAAGCACUGGAUAAGUUGGCAAAAGCUCAACAAACUACUGGAGAACAGUUAUAUAGAUUCUAUUUACCCAACUGUAAUAAGAAUGGAUUUUAUCAUAGUAAACAGUGUGAAACUUCACUUGAUGGAAAUCCUGCAAAUUGCUGGUGUGUGUAUCCAAAGAAUGGGAAGAGGAUUACUGAGUCUCCUGAAAUGAUGGGCAAUCCUGAAUGUGAACAAUUUAUUAGCUCACAAAAAUAAUGCAAAAUUUUUUUGCACAAACAUGUAUUGUAUUUUUGCAAGCUGAAUGUUUGCAUUUCUAGGGUCAGGGUCUGUUAACCUUUAAGCAUGUAGUUUAAGCAUGUGGUUAGACAAGAGUCUGUUUUUAAGGAUGCUUUUUGUGAAGUUCCAGUGAUCCCAAUUGGCUUGACUCCAUUCAAAUAUACUGUCAGAUUUCCUGCUAUACAGUUCAGACUCAAAACACCUAAUUCAAGGAACAAUAAUCUAGCAGUUCUGAUUAAUAAUAUUUAUUAGGAGGAGGGUUAAAUUUAUAACAGAAGAAUUUUAGCAAGAAAGGGGACUUUCUGAUAAGAAAUCAACAUUAAAUAUACAUCAGUGUUUCUCAAUCUUGGCAUCUUUAAUAUAUGUGAAGGGCUGGAAGUAUGUUUCUUUUUUAUAAAAAUAGGGCAUUCUGCAUCCUGUAUAGUUUUGGUAGUUGCUAGCCUUUUUGUGAGUGGACAGAAUAGUUGUGUCAAGAUAUUAUAGUACUGUGGUCAGCAUUACUGGUGAGAUGGGGAUUCUAAUAUUGUAUCCUAUUAUAUUUCUAAAAGUUAAGCAGUAGAAGUACUAUUAAGAUAAUAAAGAGGAGAAGAUUAUGGACUACACAAUAUGAAGUUCAAAAGAAUUAUUUAUUCAACAUGUAUUUUUAUUUUAUUUGUAUAUUAAUUUAUGUAUCUCUAUACUUCAACACCUCAAACUUUGUAUGAACACAUUUUAAUAUUUUCUCCAAGAAUAUGCAAUGUUCUGUUUUUAAAGAAUACAAUAUAUUAUUAACAAUAUAUUACAAUUACAAUAUAUAAUUAAAUAUUAUUGUUAAUAUAGUGUUUGAGCAUGACAUAGUUCAAGCAUGUAUUUAAAAGAGUGUGUGUAUGUGUAUUAUGUUGUUGCUUUACUUCGUAUUGCUUCUCAUUUUAUCAAGGAGUUCUCACUCUGAAUAAUGUUAUUAAGAAAAUGUUCUUCAGAAAUAUCAAAGGCACCUUAAAAGGAAAGUUGUUUAUGUGUUUUUAAUAAAUGCAGUUCCUUUAAAAAUAAGUAUAAACAAACUAAAAUUAAGAAAUUAUAAUAUAUGUUUGAUGGAUGUAAACAUUUAUAAACCAGCUUUAUCAUGUUAUUUAAACAUUUAUUAAACAUUUUUCUUUGAACCCUA